CACGCCCACCACUGUACCGGCAGGCCCGAUUGUUUGUAAUUGUGACCAGAACCGCGUAUUUGCACACCACGGUUGCCUUGGUGAUACCAACUAAACAAACGUUUCCAUGUUUACAUGCUUAAUUUCCACCUGGCGAGUCCUGCCAGCGGUCCGGUACGAUGCAGUCGAGCGUAACCCUUCCAGCGGGUCAAUACGUGCUGUGGUCCGUGCGAGUGAAUCCUUCGAACCCUCCCCGGUAGCGGCAGUGCAGGUGAAAGUGAAAGCCCUUGCGGAAACAGCGAACGUGUACCAUGCCCGACAGGAGCGUUCGCUGAGCGAGUGCAAAAUGGUAGUUUCUGUGCGUGAACGAUUGAUCAUCCAGUAUGUGGCAAUGCUUAGGAACGUGCUGCUUUUGAUAACUGUCUCGUGCAGUGACCUGGCCGUCCGGGCUAGUGCGGACUUUUACAACUCGAACGAUGUGCAGCUGUACGCCACGCCCGACGACUGCCGGGCCAACGAGUACUACGAUCUGUUCGCCUUCAAGUGUAGCUUGUGUGACGACGGGCUCCAUCUGAUUCCGGCCAAAGACAAACUGUCCUGCACGUGCAACGACCAAGCCGUUGCAGUCCGUGACCAUGACAGUGUCCUUCAGCGACCUGUUUGCCAGAACGUUAGCGACUUCUUUGCCCAGUUCCCCGCCACCGAGCGGCUCGACACGGUCAACUACUGCAAAACGAUCCAGGUAGGCAUCGUCAAUACGACCAAAUCCAGCCGGAGCGUAUAUCAACGGCGCCGCACCUUUCCGCCGGGACGCGACGAGCGGGCCGUUUGCGAGUGUGACCUAAAAGCGAACGUGCUGUACAUCGAGCCGGGCGAUGGAUGGCCGCCGGGUGAUCCGCGUGGUGCUCAUAACUUUUGCAUACCGCUGUCACUGCUGCGGGACGUGCAGCACUAUCCCCCCUUCAAACGCGACGUGUACAGGGAUGUGAAGUACCUAAUAGUGUUUUGUCAUGUGAUGCGAAGCGUGCGACACUGCCAGCAGCUGGCGAAUCUGUGCGUGCUCAGCUUCUACAGCCUGGAGCGCCAAUCGCCGUGUGCCAUUUUCUACACGUACCAAACGUACGACCUGGCAGCUAUGCCCAGCGUGGUCAGCGCCAGUCAAAGCUAUCUGGCCGGUGAGGGUGGGGCCGGUGGUGGUGGAGGAACCCUGCCUAAGCUGGGACCCGAAACGGUCCGGCCGGGGCUGUUCUAUCGGCGCGGCAAGUACGUCAGCGAACUGUUGGAGAAAUUUCUCGACUACAGCUACGACAGCGAUGCGAACAAUCGGCUAAACAACACGCUCAAUUUCACCCUGGCAGGCUACGACUUGUCUGGCCAUUUGCGACAGUUUCGCGAAAUGCGCUUUGCCGAUCUGAACCUUUGCGAACGGUACGACGUCAGCCAGGAGCAGCGGAUACGCUUCGGACAAAACUAUUACCGCAAAUGUGCACUCAACGUUAACCGACUUGUUGAGGACUUCCGGGCAGUCGAGUUUCUGUCGCUUUACGUGAGCUACUACGAGCAACGGGUGCGGCUGAUGCGUUCGGUCCCCAUACUGAUCGAGAAUGCGUUUACGCAGAACACUGACCCAGAACCGGAUCGAUGGCAACUGGUGAAACGGUUUCUGCUCGUAGACACCGUGUCUGGGCUGAAUGAACUUCACAAACCGAAGCUGUAUGGAGAGAUUGAUGUAAAGAAUCAAUUCUUCUUUUUACGCUACGCGAAGAAGAUUGAGCUCGAGUUUAAGCUACAUCCGGACCAUGGCAAACACCCAAACCGCAUCUCCAUACCGCUGGUGCGAAUGGAAUAUGCACUACUCAACACAUCUGUGGCCCUUCCGGGUAGUACGGUUGAGUUUGAGUUUCGAGUUACGUUCACCAAGGCAUACAGUUACGCUUCUUUGCUGGAGAUUCUGCUGCCAAUAUUCAUACUGCUCGCGUUUUCAAUGAGCGUCUUUCAAUCGUAUUGCUACAAACUGCGCCAAAGUAAGCAAUACUACGAUAUGGAGAUCUUUUGGAACUUCUUCGUCUAUCUGGGCUCGUACCUCGGAACGGCAUUCCUGAUCGUGCUGGGAGUUAUUGUGCUGCAUGCACUUUUCACCUACAAAACGCAAAGUACGGUACAUUUGCUACUUCCGCUCGAGGUUCAGAAUCUGGUGGAGGUGUUCAUCUACGUUGGAUUUGCUUUAAAGCUCAUAAAGUUGAUGCGUGUGUUUUUCUACAUGGCCAACGUGGACAUCUUCUUCAUUGAUUGGGAGAGGCCUAAGAUAUUCGACAUCAGCACGAUGGGGCAGCGGUUGCACCAGCUAGACACACCAUCCAUUGCAUCGAGCACGAAUACCAAACCCAGCUCGCAUGAUAGUGUAUCGGCGUGGCGGAACUACUUCAUCGCCAACGAAUGGCAGGAGCUGGCAACGAAGCGCAAGAUAUCCAUGUUUGCCCAUAUCGUCCUGCUGGCGCUUGCAUUUGUGAUAUUAGGCUUCGAAAAUUGGGCUUCCAAUGCGUUCGAUUUGCAUCUGCAUCGAAACGGCGAACAUCUAGGCGAGCGGGACAAAAUGCUCCUGAUCGCGGUUGGCAUACUAAUCUACACGGCCGUGUACGUUGCCCAACGGUUGUACAAUUUUCUAAUACACGAUCGUUUCAUCGAAAAUGCCAUCCAACAGUUUAUCGAUGUGGCGUCGAUUGCAAACAUUUCCGUGUUCAUACUGAGCAUGGAAUCGUAUGGAUACUACAUCCACGGCCGAUCCCCACACGGGUUCUCCGAUACCGACAUGUGCUCGAUGAUAAUGCAGUUCAAGCGCGAGGAAGACAAUCUGUGCGGCAAUCGUGGCCUCCUGCCCGGAUCCGAACAACAGACGUACUCCAUUCUGGUGCCAAAGAAUCUGCGCCUGUUUUACGACAAGCUGAUUACGCCGUUACGAAACUCGUCCUCGCUCGGGCCGCAUCAGCAUCUGAAUCGGCCGCAGCUGAUCGGGAGCGCCAAGAUGAGCGCUAGCGAAGUGUUUACCAGCCCGGGCGGCGGCCGGCUCGAGUACAACUUUGAGCGGACCAUACUGACGUACUACAAUGUGAAUCGUUUCUUUGCCGCAUUUGUCGAUCAUGCUCUCAAGGAUCUUGACUAUAUUAUCCAAGAGCGCACGAUUCUGGAGAAUAUCUUAAAUUGCGAAUUCCAGAACUACAUUACAGAAAACAAAGGUGUUUUCUACAUCGACAACGGACACUCAUUCGACCAAAUUCUGUUCAACGGCAAUGAGAGCAUUUUCCUCCAGGUUGAGUUGUUGCUGUUUUGUUGUGUCGUGCUGCUGACUGGGAACUAUUUGCUGGGCAUCGUGGUGAUCGGGAUCGUUUACAAGUGUUUCGAGGUGGUUAUGAACUAUGUGCUUAAGAAUAAUCUAGCCAAGAAAACGCUGAUCGAUAAACGCUUUUUGAUAUAAAAUAGGGCACAUUGAAGUUUCUUAGCAGAACAACAAUAAAGAUAUG